AUGCCAAAGCGGUCUUCACCUUCUACCACAAAGGUCUCCCCAGUGACGAAAAAACCUACGAUUCUAAGCAGCUACGAUGCCACAGCUACAGAAACAUGGGUCAAGUGCGGUGAAUGCGCCACCACAUUGGGCAUCAAUGAAACCGCAAUCAGAUCAUUUGAAAAUGCGGUAAAUAGAGACCCUUCAAACCUAACAGCCUUGUGUGGACUAAGUUUAUCCCUUAGACUCGACGAUAUCCAAAAUAAUGCAACGUUUGGCUCACAAUCCUCAAUCGAAAGACUAAACCAAUCAAUUGAACAGUUUCCCCACUUGCUCAAACACUAUCAAAUAUUCAAAGAAUUAUCAGAAUGCUACUUGCUAAUUGGACUAAAUGACCAAGCACACCAGGCCAUACAACAAGCUAUACUGUUGUCCCCCAAAGAUGCCUCACUUUGGUUACUAAGCGCACAAACCCUUAUACGAGCAGGCGCAAGAGCCCACGCAGCAAACUCAUUAACCCACUGCUUAUCAUUAUUACCACCACCACCACCACCAUCAUCACAACAGCAACAGCAACAACAAUACAGUACCAAAAACUACUCUUCUCAAGAUAUAGAGACUGCUAGAGCAGCCCACGCAGAAUUGGCUGCCAUUGCCGCAGCUGACGGAAACAUUGAAACAUCAAUUGCAGAGCUCACUGCAACAUUGUCAUUACCACCACCUCCACUCUCACGAAUCGAAGAACAUAUAGCAUUAUGGUGCGCCUUGGCAACAGCAAAGGAACGCGCCAACGACAUUAUGGGCGCAAUCAAUGCAUGCAAAGACGCAGAGUUGGCUGUAGGCGACUCGCCGAGAAUUCUCAUGACAAAUGCAUAUCUCUUACUCUUGCUAAACCCCAGGGAAAAUGCAGAAGAAGCAAUAAGUUUACUAAACAAGAUUGUCAAUUUGGAAAAUGAAGCAAUGGUGAGCGAAGGAACAGACUUUUUACCUUGGUACUUGCUAGGCAGAGCCCACUCAUUUAUGGAUAGACCAAGAUUAGCUUAUGACUCGUAUCAAGUGGCACUCCGAUGCGCAUCAAACUCACCAAUCACUUGGCUCGCAGUGGGCAAAUUGUAUUUGGAGUUGAAGCAAUUACCAGAUGCAUUAGCUGCAUACUCCCAAGCACUCAAAUUACAAUUGGAAGAUGGCUCACAAGGUACAGCCACAGCAUGGGAUGGCUUGAGCUGUGUUUAUGAACGCUGCGAUGACCACUUGAUGGAUGCCUCAGAUGCAUGCAGUCGAGCAGCUGCAUGUUUCAAGGCAAUUGGAGACUUGAAGAAUAGCGAGUAUUUCGAAUAUAGAGCUGACCAGUUGGCAAAAGCCUCAAAGAAAGAAGCACCAGUGCCAGAGUUGAGACAACCACCAGAUGUUCCAAGUUUUCUCUUGCGGGACUUGGUUGCACUAGCACCCAAUGAGCGAAUUGCAUAUACUCAAACUCAAAGGCAGUCACAAGUGCUGAUACAACCACAGCAAGAGGUGAAGAAUGAGCCUCAACAACAACAGCAACAGCAACAGCAGCAACAGCAACCACCACCACCACCACAACAACAGCAACAACAACAACCACUGCAACCACCGCAACCACCACAGCCAUCCUCAUCGUAUCAACAACAACAACCACCACCACCACCACCUCCACAGCAACAACAACCCCAACAACCUCAACCAUUGCCCAAUCAUUACCACCCAUCACCACUGCAAAUGUCGCCACAACAGCCAACUCCUCAACAAGUACCUCAGCAGUUGCAACAAGCGCAGCAAACGCCACAACAAGUCCACCAACAACAAGCUCAACAACAGCAACAACAACAACAACAACACUAUAGAGGAGUUCCACCACAGCCUCAAUAUUAUUACCCUCCUCCUCCUCCACUACCACCACAUCAACAACAACAGCAACAAUAUUACUACUCUGGCCCACCACCACCUCCACAACAGCAGCAACAUCCAGUUUCACAACAACAAUCACCUCAACAACACCAGCACCCCCAAAUGAUGCCGCCACCAAAUUUACCACAAGCAAAUGGCCAUUAUAUUGUCCCACAACAACAACAUGGUCCCCCACCACCCCCACCACCGGGCGCAUCUGCAAUAUCUGUUGGAGGAGCAGGCGUGAAUGGGUCGUAUGGUGGAAAUGUAAAUGGUGGUGGAGCACAAUACUUGCCCAUUCCUGGAGGAGUACAUAAUGGUUCGCAAUAUGCUCUGCCCAGUUGGAGGAAAUGA